AUGGAACAAUUGAAAGAAGAAGAGUACGUUCACAAGGUGUAUAAUGAAAUCGCGCCUCAUUUUUCACAGACUCGUUAUAAGCCAUGGCCGAUAGUUUCGAGUUUUUUAAUGGAGCAGACAGUGGGUUCUGUUGGUAUAGAUGUUGGUUGUGGUAAUGGGAAAUAUUUGAACGUGAAUCCACAGAUAUAUAUUAUUGGUUCAGAUAGAUCGACGGGACUUAUCGGAUGCGCACGUGAGAUCAAUUCGAAAUAUAAUGUACUAGUUGCAGAUGGUCUAAAUCUUCCACAUAGGGAGAAUACAUUUGAUUUUGCAAUUUCCAUUGCAGUGGUACAUCAUUGGACGACCCGUGAAAGAAGAAUACAAGCUAUCAAGCACAUUUUGAGUAAGGUGAAGAGUGGAGGUCGAGCAUUGAUUUAUUGUUGGGCCCUCGAACAGGGUGACUCCAGAAGAGGUUACCACGAAGGCAUGGAGCAGGAUGUUCUAGUACCCUGGGUGCUACGAGAUAAGAAAACCAAGAAAAAGAAGAAAACUGCUGGUGAAAAACCAGAUCUCACUAAUAUCCCAUUGAAUGAACGUGCUGCAUAUAUUGAAAACUGGAAGAAAGAACAAGAACUGAAAAGAGCGACAGCUGAAAAAGAGUCACAACAGGAGGAGCAGGAAAAUAGUCCAGAUACCAAGUAUAGAUUUUAUCAUCUCUAUCGUAAGGGUGAAUUAGAGGAAGAUUGUACAAGUGCCGGAGGUGAAGUAGUUGGUAACGGUUAUGAAAAAGACAAUUGGUACGUUAUCGCAGAGAAGAAGUAA